ACAGUUUUUUUUCCCCUUCUUAUUUCUCUCUCCCUCUGCCAAAUUUUCCACCUAAGAGCGAGAAAGCAAAAAUCUGUGAUGAAAGACAAAGCAAGAGAGAAUUUCAAUAACUUGCAACUUGCCUACACCAUAUUUUUUUUUGUUCACAAUUUAAUAUAUGGUAUCUAGCCUGUGGUGUGGCCAUAACAAGAAGGGAGAGAAAACAAAAUAAUUUAAGGUUGAGAUGAGGAAGUGUGAGCUCUGUAACAGUCCCGCGAAGUUGUUCUGCGAAUCAGAUCAAGCCAGCCUCUGUUGGAAAUGCGAUGCUAAGGUUCACAGUGCAAACUUCCUCGUCACCAAACAUCCCAGGAUUCUUCUCUGCCAUGUUUGUCAAUCACUAACAGCGUGGCACGGCACAGGACCCAAGUUUGUACCCACCAUGUCAGUUUGCAACACUUGUGUCAACAACAAUAGUACUGAGACCUGCAGCCAACAGAAUCAUGAAGACGAUGAUGAUGAUGGUACGGGAGAGGAUCAUGCAGAAAACGACGAUGGUGGUGUGGCUGAAGAUGAUGAUGAUGAUGAUGAUGAAGAAAAUCAAGUGGUUCCAUGGACAUCUACACCACCACCCCCAGCUUCCACUUCUUCAAAUAGUGUUACAACUAGUUCUACCAGGUUCUCUGAUGUUGAAGAAGGUGGCUCCGAUUAAUAAUUCCAAUAUCGUGAUGGAUAAAACUUCGAUACAGUUUUUUAGGUGUUGUUCCUGCUGUUUUCUAAUCAGAAUUAGAGUUUUAUUUCGAGAAUUUAUGUAAUAAAAGUUUGCCUUAAAGAAUUAUAUAAAACUUAAAUUCUCGACUAAAGAACAGUGUAAACAACACAUAGGAAAUAAUAUAUAAGUUCUAUUGUCCUGGGUUCU